GUUAAAUGGAAGGAGACAAAGUGCCGAGAUAAGAGCGAGAAACGACCGUCGUCAUCAUAAUAAUUCUGUUUGAAGAGACUUUGACCGGGCCGGAGUACCGGACGAAAUAGAAAGGUUACGGCGCAAACAAAAAUAAUUUUAAAACACCGCGCAGAGAGUAUUACACAGGAGCAGAGAUGUUUCGAGCCACGGACCGCCUAAAGGUCCUCCUGCACCACCUGGAUCGUCCUCCCGCAGCUGUCACAGCUUCUUCUUGCACUUCAGCGCAGGCCGUAUCCGCCCAUUACCGUGUGCCUCUGAGGUACACCCUUGAUAAUGACCACCUGUCACCUGAACAAAGGCACUUCUAUGAAGAGAAUGGAUUCCUCCUCAUUAAGAACCUGGUUUCUGCAGAGGACAUUGACCGAUUCAGGGAGGAGUUUGAGCGCAUCUGUAGGAGGGAGGUGCAGGUUCCCGGCCUGGUGGUGAUGCGGGACGUGACCAUCGCAAAGUCUGAGUUUGUACCGGACCAGAGGGCUGUGUCUAAACUGCAGGACUUCCAGGAGGACCCAGAGCUGUUUCGCUACUGCAAACUGCCCCAGAUCCUCAAGUAUGUGGAGUGCUUCACUGGGCCGAACAUCAUGGCCAUGCACACUAUGCUGAUCAACAAGCCACCUGAUGCAGGAAAGAAAACGUCACGUCACCCCAUGCACCAGGACCUUCACUACUUUCCCUUCCGACCUGCUGACCGCAUUGUGUGCGCCUGGACCGCCAUGGAGAACGUGGAUCGCAACAACGGUUGCCUUGUCGUCCAACCGGGGACCCAUAAAGAAACCCUGAAGGAACACGACUACCCCGAGUGGGAGGGUGGGGUGAAUAAGAUGUAUCACGGCAUUCGUGACUACCGCAGUCAUCACCCCAGACUUCACCUGGUGAUGGAGAAGGGGGACACAGUGUUCUUCCACCCUCUGUUGAUCCAUGGCUCUGGAAUGAACAAAACUCAAGGCUUCCGGAAGGCCAUUUCCUGCCACUACGCCAGCGCAGACUGCUACUACAUUGACGUCACGGGAACGACACAGGAAAACAUCGGGAACGAAAUCAAAGAACUUGCUUUGCAGAAGUAUGAUUUGGACAUCAAAUUUCAGGAGUCGUGGGCUCUGAGGGCAUGUCUGGUGCAAGGAGAGAGGACAUCCCUUUGAGGAAACGAGCUGAUGCGUCAACGGGAACAGCACACUCGAGCACCGUCUCACUUCAAUGUGAAACAAUAUCAGUGCUGUGGAGAACAUCAGUAGGACCACAUGGGUCGCUGGUUAUGGGUUGGCUGGGUUCUCUCUGUUCUCCAGGGUUUCUCUCUGGAAAGUAAUUGUUUAAAAAAAAAAAAAUCUUCACUUCAAAGUUCACAUAACAUGGAGUAGCAGGGAUAAAUGACUCAUUAAUUUUAAGAUGAGUCUAAAAUCUGUUGGACUUCUGCCCAGUUCUGAUUUUACAAGGCUUUAAUGCCGUAGUUAAUAUAUUCUGAAGUGACCUAAUAAUGUUGUUUAAUUACAGUACAAUUUAGCUCUUGAGGGACUUCUACAGGCUUUAAUUUUAUAAUGUGAUGCAUUAAUAGAAAUAGAUGGAAAGGAAAGUCAGAAUGCUGAUUUUAUGGUUGGACUUUUUGAGGGUCAGUGCAACGUUCAACAGAAGGUAGUGUUGAGAAGAUUAUUAAUGAAUUGUUUGAUUUGGACCUUUGCAUCACAAAACAUAUACAGAGAAUGGAUUAUAUACUCUGUUGAUACUGGAUCGUUGUAACUUCUGAUCAUAAGUGUUGGAACCGUUAUCGUGUAGACCUGCUUGUUUUUAAUCACUUCUGUUUCAAGUAAGAAUAGCCCAGACUUAUUUUUAACCUUAAUUGAUCCAACAUUUAUCCAAGGAAAUGUUCGACUGUGUAAAAUAGGCUAAUCAAAACAAUUUAUCCAUUUACACAGAGGAUAUUCUUACUGUAUCCCUACAUUGAUCGGGGUACUAAAGCAGGAGAGAAAAUUGAACCUGGAUCCAUCAGAGCACAAGACAACAGCUUUGCCUUAAAGAAAUCAAAAUUUAGUUGCUGUAUUAGCAGAGGAUAUAAUCUAUUAAUCUCUUUUAGGGUCUUUUUGGUACUGGUGCCUAAUUGCUUAUCUGUGGAAAUGACUCAGAAUAAAUUUAUUGAAUAUGUAAAGUUCUUUUACACUGCUUAAAUACAUACACUUUUUCCAGUGAUUUACAAAACUCAAAAUAGACUAUAUAUUUAUGAAUCCAGAUAUUUUAUGAGACCAUGCCAGGUUAAAUACUUUGCUGCUGCAAUUUACUCUGGUCACACAUUUCAUUCUUUAGGGCUGCUUAUAUUGUAAUUGUAAACACUAGCUAAUGGUAAUUUUUUUUUAUACAGUGCCUCCAGAGGUCUGAUACCUCAAUGCACUGAGUUCACAUAUUCUUUUCAACAAAGGCUAUACCAUCAAUGAAUGGUGAUAUAUUUUUUUUUUUGGUGAUUUUUUGCUGCAGCAGUGCAGCAUGGUUCAGCAGAGGUAGGUGAGCAGUUAAUCAGGUCUAAGUGCUUUAUAACACUAAACCUCUGCACUACAACCAAA